UGAGAGGCGCACGUCGUCCGUUUCCACGCGAACGGCUAACGUUAUUAAGCAGCUUCCGGCAAGGUCAGGCCUGCACAUUCCCUGGUGUAUAACGGUAGUUGUAUCCUACGGUUCGAAUGCGGCCCGUAACAGUGUCAUUCACGUUCGGUCAUGUGUUGACAAAGUCUUGGGGGCGCGUGGUGUUGGAAGAGUACACAGGUGCCAUCGUGGUUGAGGGAUUCUCCUGCAGCCGGAUGACAGGUGGAUGUUCCAUGGUUAUGACCACGGCCCAUCCCGUUACGGUGCGUGCACAGGGUUUGUCGGUCCAAGACUCCCUUCCGAGCUCAGAGCCGUGCGUCUCGGGACUCGGAGGUGCACGUCGCUGGACUUGAGUCAGCCGGCAACAGGGCUGCUCUCCGUCAAGGCCGCCCCUCAAAGAGGCGG